UUCCGACUUCCAAGGAGAGACAUUUGAGAAAUUGGAUUUGAAUUUUUCUCAUCCGAUAUGCAGAGGAAAGAGAAACAACGAAAGUUCCAUGAGGCCCUCGUUAGCAUUCUUUAUCCUCCACCACCAUCACCCCCUCAUCAAGAAGAAGAUGACGAAGAACAACCAAAUACAUCGAGGGACGGUUUAAAUUUGGAUCGUAUCCCAGAUGAAUUGGAAGAGGAGAAGUGCUCAUCGCCAUCAAGUGAUAAUGAGGGUGGAUUUGGGCUUCAGAAGCUAACAAGGGCUCAGAGGAAGAGGCUUCGCAAGAAGAAGCUCAAGGAAGCCGAUUCUUGUCGGAAAAAAAGGAAAAUUAUCGGACCAUUGUUACCCACAUCGAGCGAUGGCGGUGAUGUCGUAUGUUGUGCGAUUCUAAAAAAUGAACCUCAAGCUGUUCGACAAAAUGCGGGGCAGGAACUGGAUACGAGAAUUGACAAGCCAGGUGAGGCAGCUGCUUGUGCUAACGAGAACAAGCUAAAGCAGAGGAGAAUGACUAAGAAGCUAGCGAAAGAAAGGUUGAAGUUGUCAGUUGUGAAGAAGAACCAUCAAGAUCAUAUGGGAAGGUUUUUCCUCAUGGAAUUUCAUGAUGAUUUUCUUUCGCUGGUGAGUAGCUGAUUAUCAGGACAUUGAUACAGCCGAAGUUGCUGCCGCCAAGAAUUGCGUCGCAUCACUUUCUAAUGGUUGCUGCAGCUCUGGUUGAGAAUCAACAUUAGGACAUAGCAGAAGUAUCCGAAGCUUCUGAUUCUCAGGACAUUGAUAUAGCAGAAGCUUCAGUUAAAGUAGCAUAAAGUUAUCUGAUUUGGACUGUUCUAAUUAGGCCAAAUGAUAUUUUUCUUCGAGUAUCAUUAAUUACACGACAUUUUGAAGACGGAUUAAGGCUUUUUAGGGAGAUGAAGAAUUUUAUGGGAAAUUUACCUUGGUGAAAUCCGCUCGUUAAAGGUCUGUAAUUGCUAGGUUGUUCAGCAUGCUCCCAAAAAAGUUUAUAAGUACAUCUCCAACCUUUAUUACUUGGAGAAUAAGAUAGUGUUGUAAAAGUAGAGAUAACAAUUGGUUGUUUAUUACGAGGGAAUGUCUCU